AUGACCAACUUAAAAAUCCUAACAGCGAACACACUCCUCACUCCUGAUCACCGGCCAUCCAACACAAUCCUCGCCCCUGAUCACCGUACACAUAACAAACCCUACGCCCCUGAUCACCAGCCACCCAACACUCCCCACGCCCCUCAUCACCAGCCACCCAACACUCCCCACGUCCCUGAUCACCAUCCAUCCAACAAUCCCCACGCCCCUGAUCACCAGCCACCAUACACUCCCCACGCCCCUGAUCACCAUCCACCCAACACUCCCCACGCCCCUGAUCACCAGCCACCCAACACUCCCCACGCCCCUGAUCACCGGCCACCCAACACUCCCCACGCCACUGAUCACCAGCCACCCAACACUCCCCACGCCCCUGAUCACCAGCCACCCAACACUCCCCACGCCCCUGAUCUCCAGCCACCCACCACUCCCCACACGCCCCUGAUCACCAGCCACCCAACACUCCCUACGCCCCUGAUCACCGGCCACCCAACACUCCCCACGCCCCUGAUCACCGGCCACCCAACACUCCCCACGCCCCUGAUCACCGGCCACCCAACACUCCCCACGCCCCUGAUCACCAGCCACCCAACACUCCCCACGCCCCUGAUCACCAGCCACCCAACACUCCGCACGCCUCUGAUCACCGGCCACCCAACACUCCCCACGCCCCUGAUCAACGGCCACCUAAUACUCCCCACGCCCCUGAUCACCAGCCAUCCAACACUCCCCACGCCCCUGAUCACCAGCCACCCAACACUCCCCACGCCCCUGAUCACCGGCCACCCAACACUCCCCACGCCCCUGAUCACCAGCCACCCAACACUCCCCACGCUCCUGAUCACCGGCCACCCAACACGCCCCACCCACCCAACACUCCCCACGCCCCUGAUCACCGGCCACCCAACACUCCCCACGCCCCUGAUCACCGGCCACCCAACACUCCCCACGCCCCUGAUCACCGGCCACCCAACACUCCCCACGCCCCUGAUCACCAGCCACCCAAUACUCCCCACGCCCCUGAUCACCGGCCACCCAACACUCCCCACGCCCCUGAUCACCGGCCACCCAACACUCCCCACGCCCCUGAUCACCGGCCACCCAACACUCCCCACGCCCCUGAUCACCGGCCACCCAACACUCCCCACGAACCUGAUCACCGGCCACCCAACACACCCCACGCCCCUGAUUACCGGCCACCCAACACUCCUCACGCCCCUGAUCACCGGCCACCCAACACUCCCCACGCCCCUGAUCACCGGCCACCCAACACUCCCCACGCCCCUGAUCACCGGCCACCCAACACUUCCCACGCCCCUGAUCACCGGACAUAUAACACACCCCACGCCCCUGAUCACUGCCACCCAACACACCCACCCUCCCAACACUCCCCACGCCCCUGAUCACCGGCCACAUAACACACCCCAUGCCCCUGAUCACCGACCACCCAACACUCCCCACACCCAACACUCCCACGCCCCUGAUCACCGGCUACCCAACACUCCCCACGCCCCUGAUCACCGGCCACUCAACACUCCCACGCUCCUGAUCACCGGCCACCCAACACUCCCCACGCCCCUGAUCACCGGCCACCAAACACACCCCACGCCCCUGAUCACCGGCCACCAAACACAACCCACGCCCCUGAUCACCGGCCACCCAACACUCCCCACGCCCCUGAUCACCGGCCACCCAACACUCCCCACGCCCCUGAUCACCGGCCACCCAAUACUCCCCACACCCCUGAUCACCGGCCACCCAACACUCCCCACGCCCAUGAUCACCGGCCACCCAGCACUCCUGACGCCCCUGAUCACCUGCCACCCAACACUCCCCACGCCCCAGAUCACCGACCACCAAACACACCCACGCUCCUGA